AUGGACCAACGCGAGCUCGAGUCGCGCGUCAAGGCGCUGAACAAGACAGUCGCGGCAAACGAGCCACCGGAGAACGCGAUCCAGCUGCUCGACACGCUCAAGAAAGAUGCUGCUCCUACCGAAGAGAUGCUACGGCCCUCCCUCUCGCUUGCUCGACCACCCACCAGCCCGCUCGCCGACGAAUCUCAUUUCGUCACGUGGAAUGAAGAUGGUGAUGAUGAUGAAGAAGAUGAUGAUGAAGAAGAAGAUGAUGAAGAAGAAGAUGAUGAUGAUGAUGACGACGAUGGUGCUCGAGGAUGCUCGCUGUCCUCGAUGCUCCCCAUGGCGCCUUUCGCUGCAUUCAGUCUGGGCCACCUGCGCUCGAACCCCAACAAGGAGAUUGCCCGCGCCGCGUCGGAGCUCGUCAUGAAGUGGAAGAAGCUCGUCGAGCAGGAGAAGAACUCGAAGUUUCGGGGUGCCAAAGGCUCGCCCGCGCCGACACCCACCGCCGGCUCGGUGCCCGCCUCGUCGCCCUCCGCAGCCACGUCGGCAAGCGCUCGAAAGGCCUUCACCGGCGACGCCGAGAAGCGCAGGUUCGAGAGCGACGGCGUCGACAUUCAACGCACCGACUCCAACGUUCGCAACCAGUGCAUCGGCCUCAUCUACAACGGUCUCGCCUACCGGUCCACCGAGCCCGUCGUCGACGUCAUCGCCAAGGCCGUCGCCGUCGAGCAGGCCACCUUCGACGCCUACAAAGGCGAGACGGUCGACUACAAGAAGAAGAUCCGAUCCCUCUUCUCGAACCUCAAAACCAAGUCGAACAAGGAGCUCGGCCCACGCGUCAUGUCCGGAGCCAUCACGCCUCAAGACUUUGCCGUCAUGACGGACGACCAGCUAAAGAGCGAGGACCAACGCAAGAAGGAGAUGGAGCUCGAGAAGGAAAACAUGAAGAAGGCACAGGUUCCGAUGGCGGAGAAGAGCAUCAGCGACAGCCUCGAGUGCAGCCGUUGUAAGAAAAAGAAGGUCAGCUACACGCAGGCACAGACGAGGAGUGCAGACGAGCCUAUGACGACAUUUUGCGAAUGCAUGAACUGCGGCAAUCGGUGGAAGGCAAGUCCAGAUCGAGACCCUUUCUCGUCCGACGGGAACGGAACGUUGACCAACCCACAGUUUUCUUGA